AUGGCAAUUCAUUUCAAGUAUAAAAGUGCGAAGCAUUGUGAUUCUAUUCCGAUUGUCCAUCCAUUUAUUUCUGUUUGGGAUUUGAAAUUAAAAAUAUUUGAAUCGAAGCGUUAUGGUAGGGGUAAAGAUUUCGAUCUUCUUAUUGCCAAUUCACAAAGUAACGAACAUUAUGUUGAUGAAAAGGCUUUGAUUGCUAAAAAUACUAGUGUUUUGAUUCGUCGUGUUCCUGGACCACCUCUCUUGCCCAUAGUAAUUCCAUCCCUUACUGAGUCAAAGCAAGUGUAUAAAGAGGAGGGUCAUGAGUCUGUUUCAGCCAAAUAUUGUUGUCUAGAUUUUGAAUGUGAUGAUUUUGGGGAUGAUGUAUAUGCCAUUCCAAAAAUAUUGCCUGUUCAAUCAGAUAAUCCUGUGCCAAGUGCCCCCACUAGUAGUAAAAAUGAUGAAGACACUAAGAUCAAGAAUGUAAUUGCUACACCAGACAUUGAACACUUCUCUAAUGGCUAUGGUUUUGGUCGAGGUGAAAUGGAAUGGAAAAAACCACCUUAUGGAUACGUGUGUCAUCGAUGCAAUGUGCCUGGACAUUAUAUUCAGCACUGUCCUACAAAUGGUGACCACAGUUAUGACAUGAAGAAAGUGAAGCCUCUACCGAAUUCCAUGUUGAUAGCAGCCCCAAGUGGUGGCAGUGUUGGAGUUUUGAAGCCCAAAGAGGCUGUAUCUUCAAAGGGUGUUGAAGGUUUGUCGUCUACAUCCUCUUCUUCAACGAAGAGUUCCUUUAGAGAUAUACCACGAGAGUUCUAUUGCCCAUUGUGUAAAGAAUUGAUGAAAGAUGCAGUUAUAGCAAGCAAAUGUUGUUUCAGUAGUUUUUGUGAUAAAUGCAUUAGGAACCAUAUAAUGUUCAACUCUAGUUGUGUUUGUGGGACUAGAAAUGUAGUUGUUGAUGCACUCUUGCCUAAUAUCACUCUAAGGAAAACAGUAAACAGAAUGUUGUCGGAGUCCAGUAACAGUGGUUCAGAGCAUGGAGUUAGUGCUCCUCUUCCUCGAGUUCAAGAUAUGGUGUCAGCACAUAAUACCCUUUCAUUCCCAUCAGAAUCGUGUUCAGCUUUGAAGGUGGCCACAAAGACUUCAGGGAGGAAGUCUGUCGAUGAACUGCAGCAGAAGAAAAGGAAGAAACCAUGUGAUGUUGAUGUUGUAAACAUGAAAUGGGGAGUUGCUGCUUAUUAUCCUGCACAUAGCACAGGCGAACUAUUUAGAGGACAGUAUGAUGAGACUAGAAAAGCAGGUUUGAAAAGGAAGCGCGAGAUGAGCAUUGAUCAGUUUUCUAGUGUAGUUAGUUGUUGA